AUGGAGGGUACCGCAAACUUGGUAGUGUAUCGCGACGGUGAGAUAAUACGUAAUACUCAUGAGGGAGUGAGGUUUGUUUGCCAGAAUCUGUUUUCGUUUGUGGUUCCAUGCAUCAUGACGUUUAUGGAACUUCAGAAUGGUCUCUCUCAAAGCAUGGAGAACGGUACGUUAAUGAGAGUGAGCAGAAUUCUAUACCGGAAUCCGGUUAUAGUUUUUGGUGGUCUAAUACAGUUUGAUAUCAUGCCAAUCACUAACGAAGUGACUAUGUAUAAUAUGUUUCAAAUUCACCGGCAGACUCAGAUGCGACAGCCACAGAUUGAGCUGUAUGUUGAGUUUGAAACCGUAAAGGCGGAAGGGAUUCAAAAUGACUUAGCGGUGGAGGAUGAUAGAGCUGCAGUGUACGAGGGAAUGAAUAGUGACAGCAAAGAUGACUUCGAAGCCACUUAUGAAGCCGGCGACGAAGACGAGAAUGGUGAUGUGGCAGUUGAGACAGCAGCUGAUAAUGUAGUGGUUCACCCCUCGAUCAGUCAACCGAUGAACGUGCCACCUUUUAUGCGUGAGUUGGAUCUCGACGCCAUGCAUGCAUCGGAGUUUCCAGAAUAUUCAAACAUAGGCGUUGCUGAUCCCAAGGAUGGAGAGUUCUGGAUUGGAAUGGAAUACAGUUCUAGAAAGUCAGUCGUGGCAAUAAUUAGAAGUUACACUAUCGCUAGAGGAGUUGACUACGACGUGUAUGAGUCUGAGCCACAGACGUUCUAUGCAAAAUGCAAGAUGUAUGGGCGUGGGUGCGACUGGCUUAUCCGAGCCUGCUCGAUACGGAAAAAAGGUUGUUGGAAGAUACGCAGAUACAACGGUAGGCACACGUGCACAACGAGAGUGAUUUCACAGGAUCAUUCCAAGUUGGACUCGGACACAGUUGUUGAGGCUAUAAGGCCAUUGGUCGAGACUGACCCGUCCAUAAAGGUAAAAACUAUAAUAGCCGAAGUCCAGUCAAGGUUCAACUAUACCAUCAGUUAUCGAAAGGCUUGGUUAACAAAGCAGAAGUCCAUAGCGAAAGUUUUCGGUGAUUGGGAGGAGAGUUACCAAGCCUUGCCGUGGUGGCUCUCGGUUAUGGUUCAGAAGAUGCAUGGGUACACUUCUGGUCGCUGUUGCAUAGGAUGGAAACCAGAACAUUGUGCCUAUCGCUUUUGCCUUGUGGAAGGGGAGACAGCUGAUGCGUGGCACUUCUUUCUAAGGAAUCUGCGAAUGCAUGUUGUCAGAAAAGAUGGUGUGGGUAUGAUCUCGGACCGACAUGAGUCAAUUCGGGCAGCAGUAAAUCAUUCCGGAGGUGACUGGCAACCUCAAAAAGCAUGGUGGAUGUUUUGUAUAAGGCACAUCGGUAGCAACUUCCUACGAGCAUUCAAAGUCCCUCACUUGCAAAAGUUUGUGGUCAAUAUUGGGUAUUCAAGAAUGGUGGAGGAGUAUAACAUCAACUAUAAGAGGUUAGAAGAGCGAGGCGAGGCAUAUGCCAGGUGGUGUGAUGCCAUUGGACUUAGACAUUGA